AUGGCCGUCUUUCAGCAACCUCCCUCCGCCACGCUCCCGCCUCCUUCGACCACGCACCACACCACUCACCACUUCAUGCCUCAGGCUGCGAUUCCUAGCUCCACCACGCCUACUGGGGAGGGGGGCGCCAAAAAUGGCCUCCUUCAGCACCAUGCCAGCUGCACUCUGGCCAGCUCCCAGCCGCCAUGGCUAUAA